UGCAAGUGCAUCAUGGCGGCGCUGCUGCUCACAGCGCUGCUGUUCCUCUUCCUCACUUCUAUGAGUAAUCGUGGAAGAGUGCAAGAGGAAGAUAAAGAGGGGCCCCUCGUUCAAGUAGAACAAGGGCUCCUCAGAGGACUCCGAGGGCUAUCCGUCAGAGAGAAAGAAUUUCUUGCAUUCCUAGGCAUUCCUUACGCAAAACCACCCACUGGAGAACUGAGGUUCAAGGCUCCCCGGCCCCCGGAGCCUUGGAAUGGAACUUUUGAAGCCACUGAAGAAGGCAGCAGCUGCCCGCAAAUUGGUCUGAUGUCGCAAAAGAAAGAAGGAGAUGAAAACUGUCUUUUCUUAAACGUCUUUACUAACAAGCUGCCUGAAGACCCCAAUGAUCUGAAAGCCGUGAUGGUGUGGAUCCAUGGAGGAGCUUUCGUAGCAGGAUCUGCAACUUCAGUUAUGUUUGGGCCCGACCACCUGCUUACAGAAGAUAUCGUCUUCGUUUCCAUCAACUACCGCCUGGGAAUUUUGGGGUUUCUAAGCCUGCCAGGGGCUGGAAUUCCCGGUAACAACGGCAUGAAGGACCAAGUGAUGGCUCUGAGGUGGGUGCAAAAGAACAUCGCAAAGUUCGGUGGCGACCCUAACAGGGUGACCAUCUUCGGGCAGAGCGCCGGGGGUGCCAGUGCCCACUUCCACUUACUGUCUCCGAUGUCUACAGGACUGUUCCAUGGAGCUAUUUCGCAGAGCGGCACUGGACUUGCAAGUUGGGCCUACGCCGAGCCGGAAUACAUAAGAGGAGCGGCCUUUAAAAUCGGCGCCAAAAUCAGAUGCGACGCUGCAGAUGAUAAGGAACUGCUCCAGUGUUUUCGAGAGACGCCUGCAACAGACUUCGUCGAUGUGUUCGGUUAUGAGGAUGAGACAGGAGUAUCCCUAGGAGAGUUCAGACCAACAAAGGAAGACGGAAGUGUCAAUGGGGAAGAAGUUUUCCUUCCGGGAAGACCAGCUGCUCUUGUUUCCUCAAGGAAGUUCCACGUCGUACCCUUCCUGACAGGCAUCAACUCUAAAGAAGCCCUCACAUUUACAGCACUCACAGAAAAGCCUUCAUUCUGGGAUAAAUUCGAUAAAAACUUCGACAAAGUGGUUGCGGAUGUGACGGGAGAGGACGUCUCGCGAGUGAAGGAAGUGUCCGAACGAAUUAAGAGAUAUUAUUUCGGAGAUAGAAAGCCUUCCGAAGAGACACUGGAUAGCUUUAUAGAUUGUUUUACAGAUUUCUCUUUCUUCAUUGGUGCAGACAGAGCUGUGAAGAAGCACGCGGCCUUCUCAACUGCCCCUGUAUAUUACUAUUACUUCGAGUUUGAGGGUGACCUUGGAGUGGCUAAACGCGCCCUAAACGUCACAAAGCCAGGAGUUGCCCAUGGAGAUGAGCUGGGCUAUCUGUUUAGCACGGCAAUCAGUCCUCCAAUAGAGGAACGUUCAGAGGAAAAUAAAACUCUGACAACAGUAGUGAAGAUGUGGACCAAUUUUGCCAAGACGGGUGACCCUACAAUGGAAAUGAAUUCAAUACUUGACAUCAAGUGGAACCCGGCCACCAAAAGAGAUCCUGUUUACUUGGAUAUCAACAAGGAAAUGGGUAUGCAACACGCUUUGCUGAAGGAACGAGCAGCAGUGUGGGAUGAGGCAUUUGGGCCCUUAUAAUAAUCAAAUUGUAGAUCUUUAUUUGGGAUUUUAUAUUAAAGGUACUGCUGAAUAUAAAUAUAGACAAAAUGCCACAUAAUUAAACCUCUAUGAAAAAGAUGGAAACACGGAUGUUAAAAAAGCAUGGUUACACAAAAGACUUUAAUACUUGCAAAUGAGAUGUUUCACAUAGACCAUUCUUACUCUUACUCAUGCAGCUGGCUCUUCUUGAGGAGCUGCCAAUUCUGCAGCUACUCAAGAAUUUCCCAGCAUUUUAUGGAACCCGAAUGUUCAUUAC